AUGUUAUUAAAUAUAUUAAAAUCAUUAGAAGAAAAUCGUGAAAAUUGUAUAACAAAAUAUUUUUUUAAAUAUCAAAUAACUGCAGAUAAUCAAUUUCGUAGUAUGAUGAGUUCAGGUAGCUCAAUUAUAUCAGCUAUUAUAUUUUGUUUCAAUCGUUGUAAUAAUGAGAAUAAUCUUCUUAAAUUUGAUUCAUUAAAUUCUGAUGUUUUUGGAUAUCAUAUUGUACAAUUUGAACUUUGCUUAGAUAUAGAUGAAUAUGAAGUUAAUACAACAACAUUAUUAACUUGA